UGGUCACCCAUACGAAGAGCAUCUGUACGCCGACAUCGAUUCGGUCAUGUCUUCGCUCAUGUAUUUGUACGACAUUCAGCCCGAAGACGUCAUACUGUUCGGUGAGUCCAUCGGUUCCGUUCCGACCAUCGAUUUGGCGACGAGACUACCGGUUAGGGCAGUCAUUCUGGACGGACCUAUCGUUUCGGGUUUGCGGACAAUACUACCCGUCACACGACUGCUGGCCUUCGAUCCCUUCCCGAACCUCUUGAAAGUGGAGAACAUUGAAUGCAAAGUACUAUUGUUUCACGGAAUCGAUGAUAAAUUGGUGAACAUUGAGGACGCGUUACUACUGUUAAACCGAUGCCCGCGUCGAGUGGACCCGUUUUUAGCGGUUGGCUGCGGCCAUAACCACGUUAAAUAUCAUCCCCAAUAUUACAAGAGAAUCCGCAAGUUUUUAUAUGAAGAAUUGGAUAUUUACUUGUGUUGUCCGCCGAUUGAUGUAAUCCCACGACUUGUCUCGACCUUAGCUUUCAGUCCUCCCGAAGAGUCUUCCUAUGACUUUAAAUUUGACAUAAUUUCAAAUAAAUUUCAAUUAUGUCCGCGAAAUACAGACUACAAUUCAAUGGACUCUUUGGAUUCAAUGGACUCGUAUUCACCGGACAACCGAAAGCAUAUAACGCCUGAAACGGACGUAUUCUUUGCCGAAAGUCGAAAAGGAAACCGAAUCGCGUGUGUCUUCUGGCGCUUCAGUCGUAACACAAAACAGACAAUACUUUACAGUCACUGCAAUUCAAUCGAUUUGGGAUCAACUGUUGAAUAUCUACGCCAUUUAAGUCGUAAAACCAAAUCAAAUAUUAUUACUUACGACUAUUCAGGCUAUGGUCUCAGCGAUGGUAAGCCCAGCGAAGAGCGUCUGUACGCCGACAUCGACGCCGCCCUCUCGACGGUCAUGUAUUUGUAUGACAUUCAGCCCAAAGACAUUGUGCUCUUUGGC